UGACGUUUGAAUAAAUAUGCGAAAAGGGAUGAUCUUGGAAUGUAUCAACAACACCGAAACAUCUUAAGAAUUCGGGAAGAGCAGCUGCAAUGUCCGCUACACCAAAAUCAGAAAAAAAUAUGUCAGGUUUUUUCUCGACUUAGUUUGUCAGGAGAUUGGUGGUGCCUCUUUUUAUUAUUUUUAAAAUAUUUAGGAAGGAAUUUUGCACUUUGUAUGAUUAAUGAUGAUAAAUAGAGAAAGGUUAUGAUGUGAAGAUGAGAAGUAUUGAAUUUAUAUUAUAAAGCAGACAGCAACAGCAGCAAACCCCGUGGGGGUAAGCUGGCACGUCGAGCACGUUCAUUCAAGGAAGACUUCCUGGAAAUCUUGUCACAGAUGCGUUCCCCAGGCAGUGGUGGUGGGAGUGGUGGGGCUGGAUCUGGAUCUCAACGUUCUGGAUCACCACAUUCACCCAAGUCAAGAUCAUCCCAUAAAACUGCAACAGCAACACCUAGUGUCGACCUGGUAGAUUCUAGUGACAAGAACCCUGCUCGAGACCUCGAUCUUCAUGUUAGACAGGUUCAGUAUGCUUUGAAACAUUUUCGUGAUGUUGUCGGCAAAAACAAGCUUGAAGUUCUGCCGGGAAAUGGGACUGUGGUAUUAGAGACUGUAACAACCAUCCAUAGUAUGCUCAAAAUGUACGUCCUCAAUGAACAAAGUUCAGCUUUGGUUUCUGCAACAAACCAAGUAUAUCAAAGUCUUGCCAAACUAAUUAAACUCUGUGAUGAUGUUCUGCUACAAGGAGAGAAAGCUUUAAAUAAAGAAAAUGUGAAUGAAGUUAUCCAUCUUGUUGAAGAAGCAGUCCAGCACUUGGUAACACUAGCCCAGGAUCAGAUAGCCCAUAGAGAAAGCAGUACAAAAGCUACAACUAAUCAUAUAACUCAUCGUGGGCCUCUGUUGGAUCGGGCAUCAAAUUAUGGUUUGGGAGGAACUGACUUUCCACAGCGUAGCUCAUUGCCUGAUAUUCCUCUUACUCCAAGAGAGCGACAGAUAUUAGAGCAGACAUCUACUUCUGUCACAGACAGGCAUGGAAUAAGUUCUGUACCACAUUCACAGAGCUCAGAGUCGAUAUUGAAUGAUACUAGUCCACCACCAAAACCACCUCUGCCAACAAGGAGUUACCAUAUAUCAGAAGGCAGUGAGGAACCACCACCACUCCCACCAAAACGUCGGCAGCGCUCAACACGACCAACACAACAGCAGCAACAGCAGUUGCAACAGCAGCAGCGUGAUGUUGAAAGUUCAAGCCUUGAAGGCAUUGGCGGACAUCUCGGUACCAGUCUAGAGAGGCUCAGUUUACGUAGUCGUUCGCCAGAGGAUACUUCCUCCUUACUUAGUGCAUCAGCUGGUAGUCUGGAUUCUGUUCUCAACCAUUCACGGGAUGAAGAGGAGUUACAAGCUCUUUCAGGACCUGCUGAUGAAUCACUCCAUUCUAUUGAUGGUUCUCUAGUACCAGGCUCAACUGUGUUAAUGAAUGGCAGCUCGUCUUCUAGUUAUUAUGAAGUGUCAUCCACUGUGACAACUGAUCAAAUACAAUCUGUGAUAGGAAGUGAUAAAAGUCCUUCCCUGUUGACCCCUCAUUCUGACUUGCUCAAGUCCCCAUUGUUCUCUACGGAUAUGCCUGGAAUAAUGCCUGGUACAGUUAUUGGAUUUGAUUCAUCAGUUAACAAGCUCGAUUAUUCAGCAUCUGAGUCGGGCUUUGCUUCUAUGCAUUCUGUGCGAAAUUCGUGCCAAAGCUACACUGCAUCGUCAGUAUCUUCACAGCAGUUCAGCUCAUCUGUGUCACGUUCAUCUCAGCAAAGUACUAUUUCCUGUGAAUCAACCAGCAGCAGGACAUGGCAGGUACACCAGUCAAGCACAAAAACAGAAACAAGCUUCUCAAACACAAGUGUAGUAUCAGGUGAAGGAAGUAGUCCUUCCCCACCAGCACUGCCACAGAAGACCCGUCAGUCGACACGGAGGCGUGAUCGGCAGCUGUCACAGUAUGAUAAUGUGCCAGGGGGAGGGGAAACUGUCAGCACAGAAGUAGAACGACCUGCUGUGGCAGGCUGCCCUGUCCAUGCUGCGCAGCAGUCCAGCUGCUGUAGUCCAGAUGGGAAACCUCCACCUCUGCCAUUAAAGAAGAGACACAUAAUGGCAUACAUGGAAAUGUUUGGGAACUGCACACAUGGCAGCACAAGCGAAUUCAUGAGGCAUUCUGUACAUACAUACAAUCUCCUCCAAGCUGAGUGGCAGCAGCAGGAGCUCUCCCUAUCAUCAACACAAUCCUGCUCAUUCUCUCUUGUCUCAACAAGUCAGAUAUUUCCAAAUGCAACAACAUUUGGUACAAUUGACAGCAUAGAGUUUGCAACUUCGUCACCUGUGAAAACACAACUGGCAAGUCUGCCCCCUGCUCUGCCUCCUAAACGAAGUCGAACAGCAAGUGUGAAAUCGGCAGCAACGCCACCUCCUGUGUCACCGACAUUACCUGGCACCUCUCCAGAGCUCCAUCGUAAGGUGGAUGAUUGGAUUGCCCCAUCACAAGAUGAUGAAACAAGAUGGAAACAUGAAGGCAAAACUGGUGGAACAGUUUCAUCUGUCUCAAAAAUGAGUGAUGUUACCCAAGACAGAGAAACUGAACCAAGUCCCUUGGAUGAGUUAGAUAUUACUCAGCACCUCGUGUUUAAAAAACCAGAUGAGGAUGGUCCAGACAUUAGGGGUGGCCAUCCUGAUGCUCUUAUAAUUCAUGCAACCAAAGCAAACAAGAAUGAUUUCUUGUACCAAGAAGCAUUCUUGACUACAUAUCGAACGUUCCUUUCACCACUGGAGCUGGUUUGCAAGUUGUGUCAUAGGCACCAGCGGUUUAGUUGUUCCUCAGACUUGACCAAACAGCGAGCAGCUCGUGAAGCUUUCUCACUUCUAGUCAGAGUUGUCAGUGACUUGACAAUUUCAGACCUUGAUGAUGUGGUGCUGAAAACUCUUAUGGAUUUUGUUUAUCAACUACUUUGUAGUGGGGAUCUCACAAUGGCGAAAGCUCUUCGCGUUAAGAUCCUAGAAAAAUACAAUGCCAAGAAACUGCAAAGCAGUGCUAGUACCUUACUGUCUUCACUCAAUGUGUAUACAAGACAAGCCACUCUGCUGGAUUUCAAAUCUGAACAAAUUGCUGAACAGAUGACACUGUUAGAUUCUAAUUUAUUUAUGAAAAUUGAAAUACCUGAAGUCCUAAUAUGGGCACAAGAACAAAAUGAAGAACGCAGCCCUAACUUGACUAAAUUCACAGAACACUUCAAUAAAAUGUCUUAUUGGGCAAGAUCAAGAAUCCUGGAGCAAAGUGAAGCAAAAGACAGAGAACGCUAUGUUGUAAAAUUUAUAAAAAUCAUGAAGCAUCUAAGAAAAAUAAAUAACUUCAAUUCUUAUCUGGCACUAUUGUCAGCUCUAGACUCUGCACCAAUUCGUCGGUUAGAAUGGCAGAAGCAUAUCACUGAAGGCCUUAAGGAAUACUGUGCACUUAUUGAUAGUUCAUCCAGCUUCCGUGCAUAUAGGCAGGCACUUGGUGACACACAACCUCCCUGUAUUCCAUACAUUGGCCUAGUUCUUCAGGAUCUGACAUUUGUUCACAUUGGCAACAAUGAUUACCUGCCUGAGGGUGCAAUUAAUUUCUCAAAACGAUGGCAGCAGUUUCAUAUUGUGGAAAAUAUGAAGAGAUUCAAGAAAGGAACUUACUCCUUCAAGAAGCAUGAUCGAAUUAUUGCUUUCUUCAACAAUUUUGAUGAAUUUCUAUGUGAAGAAGCAAUGUGGCAGAUCUCAGAGUCAAUUAAACCACGAGGGGGGAAGAAGCCCCAGUCGUGAAUUCACAUUAGUAUAACUACAUCACAGCUCACAUCGUGUCCGACAUGAAGCAAUUUUGAUUAAACAGCUGUUCUGAAGGUCAUAAAAAUGCUUUAUGUAUUUUGUCAUCUUGUUAAAUAAUAUUUUUGUAUGCAAUUUUAUAAUUUUAUCGCUGAUGUACAAGUACUUGUGAUAGUAUACUUAUUUAUUUAUUUUUGUAAGAUGGCAGAUGUGAGUGAAAUAAUUAUCUCAGGCAGCUAAUUUCAGUUUUCCUCCACCUUUGUUGUUGAAGCAUGUAAUGAUUUACAUUUGAGGGGGACCAACUUUCACAUUCAGUAAAAAAUCAUUAAUGGGAAUUUUUCAUUCAGUCAGUUGUAAAUUUAUUAUUAUCUGCAUUGUCCUUAAAAUUGUAUUCUGUGCUGCUCCAGUGCUUGCAGCUCUAACUGUGCCAGACCUGAAGGCAAAAUUGUGUGUCUGGUAACUAGAAGAAUUUUGUAAUGUAAUCUUUGUCUGUAUCUUGCAAUAAUGAGACUUACUCUGCUUUUGUAGAUUUAUUGUAUUUGUUUUCCUUUGUUGGACCCACAGAAAAAAAAAACUCGAGAAGCUUAGUGGCAGCUUAUGAGUCAAAUUCCAGUAUACCUUAUUCGAAGAUGCGAGUGUUAUAACAUCUUCACUUUCUCAUCUCAUUCUUAAUAUCUGAAAUUAAUUAUGCUGAGAACAAGGUGUUCUCAUAUUGAAAACACUAAGUAUUAUUUGCACUGGAAGUUUAACAGUACACCUAUGGUCACACUGAUCAAGCAAAUAUUACGGAACAGAACCGAAAGCUUCCUGAAGAAUUAAUUCAAAGCUUUCUCCAGUAUCAUGUACCUUGUAGGAAAUUGGGAAGUUUUGUUGGUGCAAUAGAUUCAUUUUAUCUUCUGUGUCCUGGUUAGAGGUGAGUGGUUGGGCAGCUGUUGUAGUAAUCCGUUCAAGAAUUUAGCAUCCAUACUCAAUAACGAAAAUGUAAAUAUUUUUUUUCUCACUUACUAAAUGGAAUAUGUAGCAGUUUAUUUCCAAAGAAAAAAGUAUCUGAUCUAUUCAGUAGCUUUUUUACAUAUUAUUUGUAUUCAUAUUGCCCAUUUGAGUUAGGCAUAUGCUCGGCAUGUAUUUUGUGAGACUGCUCUGGGCAUCAUAAAUUUGUUAAAACGGUCAGCAAGAACAGUAAAUACGAGCAGAUCACAUUCUCCUUUGUUGCAGUUGUUUAUGGGAAUAGUUGUCACAGGAAAUUUUAAAAAUUAUUGUCAUCUUAAUAGUAUUAAGCUUUUAUAGAGUUGCUUUUCAUCCCCAUUAAGAGUGUGUGUUUCAGCCUGGUCGUCAUAUUGUUAAUUGUGUACCUUUGACUUCAGUACCAAACACUUAAAAAAGGAGUUUUCAAAUUUUAAUGAGUUACAACCAUUCACACAGGUAGAAACUACUUUAUUACACAUACCAUGUAACAUAAACAUUCAGAGUUUUGAAUUGCUAUUGCUAACUGAGUUCUCUGUCCUGUGAUGGAAAAUGUAUGAGGAAGCAAAAGUAGAAAGAACACACCAUUUGAUAAGUUGUAGACAAUUGGUCAUUUGGUGGUAAAUCUCUCGUCUCAGUGCUGGUGGAUAACAGCUGGGUGCUUUCAAAAGGACAUGGCCAAUUUCCUUUCCAACCUUUCGUAAUCUGAGCUUGUUCACCAUCUCUAAUGACCUUGCUGUCGAUAGGACAUUAAACUCCAAUCUCCCUUCUUUCUUUUUUGCCAGGUAUCAGAUUUCAUAAUUUGCAAGGAAAUUGAAUGUGAUAUACUGAUCUUUUUUCUCAUGUGUUAUUUACAUGGAAUGCAGACGAUUACAAAAAUGUUUUAGAGAUACCACCAAGAAAUAGGUGUCUUUGUGACUUCCAGAAAAUCAAUACUUGUAUAAUGCUGCUUUCAACAUACAUUUCAUUGUGUGAGUGUUUUUAACACUCUUAAUAAUAUCUCUGAUUAAACAGCAAUGAUUCAAUAUCAUGAGACCAGCUGGACCUUCAUUAAAUGGAAAAUGAAUCCUUAUUCUGGUGUCAUGAACAUGUGGUCACUUCAUGUGAUCAUUCAAACAUUCAUAGUAGUGUAUUUAAUUUUUCUGUGGGUUUUCUUUAUAUAAUAUGUUACGUUUUUUUCUCAUUUCAUCAGUAUGAAAUGUCUGUGCUGUUAUGUCCACACAGUGUCCGUGCAGCUUUAAUUUGUCAGAACUGAAGAUUCUGAAGCUUUACACAUUUUACUGUUAUCCAUAUUGUAUUGAAGAGAUGUGUCAUCUCAGUAUUUCACACUUGGUGUGUAAAUAUGAAUGUGUGUUAAGUGCCAUUAUGAACUCUUAAUGGUUUGUAUAUUGUUGCAUGUGAUGUCAGUUUGAACUGUUCAGUGCUCGUAUAUAUUUCACUUGUUUUUCUGCUGUAGUCAUAUCUGAGAGUUGGUUUCAGGCUUAUGCUGACACCUUACUUAUUGUAAAUUUUCAGUAAGUUCACACAGAAACACUUUUUUGCCUUUGAUAUGGUGGGAGAAUUGUGUGUUAUCUUUUGGACCACAAUUUGUUGUUCCACAUUUGAGACUGAAGAAAGACUAUAGUUUUUCAGUGUAUAUUGCUAUAAAGGUAAUAAUCUUAAUAAUCUAACAUUUGUAAGUCAUUGUGAGGUUGUCACAUGUGACAGAAAUUUGUAGAAAUAUUCAGGAGAGGGAGGGAGGCAGAGGAGUUAAAAAUAAUAUGUUGUUUUUCUAAGAUGUUGUGUUUGAACUGACAUAAUUUAUUUUCCUUUGCUUAAAGAUGUUCUAUACUUUUUUAUUAGUAUGUAGCACUGUCAUAUUUUUAUAGUUAUUUUGUCGAACAUUUACUGUCACUGUACUCUUCUGAAAUACACUGAGAUUUUUUAUUUUUUAACUUUUUAUACUGCCGAUAGUAUUUGGUAUAUUUCACGGAUCUUUUUUUUUUUUUUUUUUUUUACAUAUUUUGGAAAGUAAAUAGCAGAAAUGACAGAAUAUUUUGUGACUACAACUAUUAUACUAGCUACUUUAGAAGGUUUGAUUUAUCCUUCUGUGAAACACUAAACUGGAGCCAUCGGUAAAAUUGUAUUUCCAGUUAUGUGGCAUUAACAGCCUUGUUAUGUGUUUACUUCAUUUUGUAUUUAAUUUGCCUAAGUGGAACAUUACAGUCCAGUACACUAAUAAGUAUCAUGGUUUUACUUAUUUCAUACUGUUUGUGUCAGUAAGCUGUUUUGAGUGUUUAUAAAAAAAAUGAAGGUUGCAUUUGACAGUACAGAAACAAAUUACUCAAUAAGAAUCCUUUGUAUGUGUAAUAACUUUGAGUUCAAAAGCACUACUAGCAUCACCCUCAUCCAUGAUGCACUACAACUUCAGUCUUUAGGUAAUAUAUAAGGAAAUGCAACCUGGUUUAGUCAAGAAAAUUUAUGCAAAACAAAGAUAUGAAUGGUUGUUUCAAUUUAGUAUAAAUAAUACAUUUUCUUUGGCCAUUGUUGGACCUUGUGUUUCUACAUGUCACAGUAUGUGAAUGAUGAAUGCAUGUAUUUUAUAUCUUUUGAGGAAAGUGCCAUAUAUAUUGCAUUUCUCAUUAUUAUUAUUAUUAAUAUUAUUAUUAUCAUCAUCAUUAAUACUAAUAUUAAUAGUAUUAUUAUCAUUAUUUGAUUUUUAUUUGUUUUUUAUUAGCUGCAUGUUGUUGCCUCAGUAAUAAUGAUAUGCACAUUCAUUUUUAUUUAUAGUUGAUUUUUUUCUUUGAAGCUAGUCAUUAUGUGUCUUUUUUUCCUUUUGUGUUGUUGAAUAAAUGUUUAAAAAUAACAGAACAACAAAAAUUGUGUGUUGUUUUCUCCUAAUGCAACUGAUGAGAGCAGCAAAUAAAGUAUGUAAGAAAAUAUUUGAGCUUUAGAAACACAGAACAUAAGAUAUUUAUGAUUAAGGUUAGCAAAACUCAUUGUUAAUAUAUUGUAGCAAAUAAUAUUUUCAUAUUGUUUAUUGUCAAUACUUCAUUCUUGCGUAAACUGUUACAGUGGAGCUUGCUCCUUGCUUAUAUUUCUUCCUUUCUCUUUCUUUCCUUUUUCCUGUGUUCUACUAUAUAUUGGUGAACUUACCAGUACAGAACUGGAAUACAAUGAAGUUAAUAUUAGAGAUCUACAGUGUUAGUGUUGAAACUGAGUGGCUUGCAUCACUUUUGGAUACAUGUGCUAGCACUACGUUAUCACGAUUAAAGAAAUGAAAUAGUUUGUAGCAUUUAUUUUUUGCUGAAAUUGCAGCUCUCACUUCUGAAAAUCUGCUGGACUGUAGCCUGUGAUGAUAGAUUGAUACAGUAGUGGAGAAAACAGACAAAAAUCAGUGAACAUUUUAAGUUUCCUGUACCAUUUUCAUGGUUAUAUGAGGACACCCACCUAAUUGGUGAUCUAGCUAGCUAUUUAAAAUCUGUACUAUCCUUGAUAGACUGUUUGCUUUAUUUAAAGCUGCUCAGAUGCAUAAGUCUGUCAUUUGGGCCUUAAAAUGUGAUUGCUUCUUUGUCGAAUAUAACUAAUGGCUGUUGCAGAUAUAUAGUUGUUUAUUAUGGAUGUUUUUGAUGUAGUCUUCUAUUAUUGUCUAAACUGAAGCAAAAUUACUUUUAUCAUUCCAUAUUCAGUGUAUCAUUUCAUCUGUUAGUAGUUUAUUGUCUCAUAUAUCUCACUCUACAUUUUCAAUUAGUCGGCAACCUGAAAAGUCUCAUAUAGUCAACUAAUAUGAAAAGUGCGUGACUCCAUCAGGAAAAUUGUUAACAAAAUGGAAAAGGUUAAAAGUUAUUGAAUAGUGUUGUAAUUCAUGUUUUAGCUUCUCGAAAUACAAUUUAGUAGAUCUUGUAGAACAGCUCUCUUCCAAGAUUAAAAAACUGAGUCUUCAGCUACUUUUAUGAAUUGUGUUAUUUCCUCUGUUCGUUAUAUUUAUAUUUAUCGCACAGUGCCUUUUCACCCACAUAGAAAUCAUAGUAAUCUGUGGCUUAAUUCAAAAGAAGGUGCUAAUCAGUAUUUCUGUAUUGAUUUCUGUCAAUGUAAUUUAUAAGUGUUGCAUAUCAUUGUGUCAUAAUUCUUUAGGUGAACAUAUCUGAAAGAAAACUUUUCCUUUACCUUUAUGCAUUGAGUGUUUGUAGCGCUGUAUGCUAAAGAAUAUCCCAUUACCAGGAAAUAUGCAUCAAAUUCAAAACAUAUAUAACCCUUCACACUGAAAUGCUAUCAGAAAUUUAUGAAAUCAGUCAUCUUAUCAUGAAUAUGUUUUUGAUCAUAUAUUUAUCAAAGAUUCGUUUAUACAGAAGAUUGAUGACUCCUUACAUCCAACAGUAUUUUAAAAAAUUACUAUCAAAUAUUGAUAGAAAAAAAUUAUCAGAGGUUUGCUAAUUCGUGCACAAAAAAUACAUGAAUCAGAUGUCGGCUUUCAGAACGAAAAGUUUCGUCAUCUGGUGAGAGAGGGUUCAAGGCUUAUACUCCUAUCCCCCUUGACAGAGGGUACUGAGUCACAUUUGUACUUAAUCUCAAAUAGACUCAUGUCUCAUGUUCUGAAACCCUUUCUACCUGUUGCUGCCAAGUAAAGAAAAUUACAAUUCUGAAAGUUACUUUUUGUUUAAUGUUUUGUUUGUGUGUGUCUUUGCAUCUACAGAUCAGAUUAAAUUUGUUUCAUGAUUGUAGUUGUGAUUUAGAGAUCGUUGUUCUUGUAGAAGAUAAUUAACAAGAACUGUGGUAUUUAGUAUGGUGUAGCCAACAUGUAAAUUGUGACUUAUUAUCUCUGUUCUGUGGUGUUUUUAAUCAUAUGGUGCUCAGUCAUAAUCAGCCAAGGCUGUGUAUGAAGUUAUCAUUCACAAUUGUUACAGGAAGAAGACUUUUCUAAAAUAGGUGAGCAUUAUACAGAAUGGGAAAUCUUGAUUUAUCUGGAUGCAUAGAUUAAAAUGAACAGUUUUAUAGCCUUAUUCCCAAUUUUCCUUUGGCACCAAUUCUGUUAACAUCUAAAAGCUUGUAUACAUUUUGGCUCCAGAUAUGAUAUACUUAUUAAACUGUGAAUAUGAGUUGGAGUCCCACAAUUUGUGAAGAAUUUAUCUUAGUGUUAAACUCAUUCCUUCCAUUUACAAGUGUUUGUCCAUAACUAAUGCCAUUGUGAAAUAUUUUUUAUGCAAAAAUUCUACUUAACUCUGUAAACAUGGAGCAAUUUAUACUAAUUAAUUUGUGCUUAUGCUCUUAAUCAUAUUUUUGUAGUAAUAUACACUAGAUUGGCACUACAUCACUCAGUACUAACAAGUAUGCAAGUAAUCAUGAACACCUAGUGAGACACUUUGAAUGUAUUGAAUAAACACAAAUUAAGAUUAUAUUAACAACUAAUGGUGGGAUAAUUCUAUUGUAAGCAGUGUGGGAAAAGACAUGUAUAGUCUUUGAUUUUCUAAUUUAUUUUUCGAUCCUUCAUUUUUUUCCCAUGUAGAAAUAAUAUAUUAGUGCUGCAACAACUGUGGAUUAAACAACAUGUUGCACAAUUUUGUCUAGUCACAAUAAAAAUCUCUAGUCUGCUAAGAUUCCAGACAUGUGGGAAGAUAGAAUUAUUGUAACCACCAUGUUUAUUAUUCAUUUAUUCUGAGAGAAAACUUGUGUUUGGAAGAGCAGUGCUCCUAAGCACCACAUAAAAUUGUAACAUUUACACAUUGCUGUUGUAUUUGCAACAGUGUAUUAUAACCAAAGUACCUUGAUAAUUUGGUAAAAUUGUGGGAAAAAGUCACUGAUGGAAAAUUAUUGUUAGAAUAUGAUAGUUCAUUACUUGAAAUACAGAUAAACCACAAAACAAUGAAUUUUUUAACCUGACUAGAAUACAAAUGCCAAACGUUUAAUAAUCACAUAUUCCUUCAUGAAAUAUUGAACAUAAAACGGAAAACACAUAUGUUGUCUCCCCUAGGUUCCAAAUAUUGCAUUGUCAAUGUGAAACACCUUCCUAUCUCCUAGGUGCAGCUCUUGAAAGUAAAAGAAUUUUUUUUUAAACUUCUGCUCUCAGCUUUAGUAUCCACACCUUGGCUGACUGUGUCACUUGUGUCCAAGGAUAUUAGAAAUCAUGUAUAUAGGGAAAGGGUGCCACACAUCUUAAUAAUUAAAAAUAAAAAGUGAAAUAUCUCUCUAUGAGGGUACAAUUUCAGAUUUUUAUCUUAAUUAUUGACACAUUGGUUAUUUUUUGUUGAUGUGGCAUUAACUGUUUCAGUUUGACUUUACGCAACAAGCAUUUAAAUAAUAUGAGAGUUUUGUCCUCGUAUUCUUGAAUAAGCUAUAUACAAACCUAUAAACUAUCAAUUUUAUUUUGGUAACAAAUGUUAUCACUUACCUGUGUGAUGUGAUGAAAAUUUGUAUGUGCCCCCAUUUUUUUCCUGUGCAAUAUCCACAUGGAUAAGCAGCAGCUAACAGAAGAAUGCAGUUGCAAUAUCUGCUCAUUGAGAAAUAUAAUGUAAUUUUCACACAUCACAUUAGGAUUUACUAACUCACAGGCACAAAAGUUUUGUUGUAGGUCUUCGUUGUAAAUUCAGAUGGCAUAACAUUUUUUUCCAGGCUCAGCUCAAUAUUUUUCCCAUAAGGCACAAUAGUAGUGCUAUUGUUUGGUCUAUUAAAUGAAAAUCUUCAUUUGUUUUAAAGUGUUGAAAUGUUUCAACUUAUAAAAACUGUAAUUCUUUCAAGAAGCAGAUAUAUUAAAUUAUAGUUAGUAUUGGAGGAAGCUUCACAGAAUAUUUUCUCCAUAAAUUCUAAGACAUGUUCUAAAAUCUGGCGUAUAGUGUGUUAAUUCUGAUUUCUGUACUUGCUACUUUUCUUUGAGGAAGUAAUUUAGAUCACUGGAUGCAAAAUAACUUUGAUGUUUUGCUGGGAAUGAAAUUUCAAUGAUGUUUAGUAUAUUAAUUAUGAAUGGUAGAUGUGGAAAACUGAAACAUUUUCCUUGGAUACCAGAAUGCCUUGUUUUGAAAUUUACAAGUACAUAUGAAAGAAAGCUUUAAUGUAAUUUGUGAUGUAGAGCAUUAAGUUAAUUUACUUAAUGUCAACAUUGCUUGUAUUAGAAUCCUGUGCAGUGUAAAUAAUAAGUUCUUCCUCAGUAGUGUUCUGUAUACUCUUGUCAGGAAUCAUGCACAAUAAGUCAAUGCAACGAACCAGAUCUUUUAUGGGAAUUCAAAUUAUUUAAUAUAUGACAAAGGCAGAAACAGAUAUAGUAUGUUUUUAUGCAGGUGCUAUUAUCUUCUUAUUAUUUAAAUAUUAUGUAAUGCAUUUCUCAUUGUGAUGUCUCAGCAUUUUAAAAUGUUGGUACAUCGAUGUACUGAGAUACCUAAUAUGUCACUGGCCUAAUGAAUUAUGAGAAUUGUGCAAUAACUUCUAUUUUUCUUACAGAUUUAUGAAUUACAUUUUUUAAUACUUGUAUGGAAAAUUCUUAUACAUAAAGGUUUCACUAAUUUCAUACUCCACCAGUAAUUUUGUUUCACUGUGGAAAUGGUAUGUAGUCUCCUAUUCAUGAGAUGUUUUAAUACCAAUGCAGAAAUUUGUUUUCAGUUUGAGUAACAAAGGAAUUUCAUAAUAAUAGUGAAGAUAUAUUUAUAAAUAUAAGUAGAAUUCCUUAAACUAGGUUACAAUACCUUGAAAUGAAACCAUAAAUAAUGCAACUUACAAUAAUAACUUCCUGUGUAUUUGUGAUGUCCAUUUGUAAACUUUCUUCGUUUUACACAUUGUCAUAUCAUAAUUAAGUAGAUAGGUAGAAAUAAUGUGUCAUGUAACACAUUAUAAGUAGAGUGUAUGUGCAUCACCUGAUGUGUAUUCUUUGUUGUACAAUUGCAGUAAUGAUAGUUCUGUGCAUAUGUUGGUGUGAAGAUUCAAUCAUAUCAUCAAAGUGUGAUAAGUGUGGUUGACACUCAGUUUUCUGAUGUCAGUGUACUGAAGUGGGGUUGUGUGAAAUGUGAUAGCUUGUUCCAUUGAAUACUUGAAUAUUUUGAGGAACAAUUUUCAACCAUUGAUAAAUUUUAAAGAAAUCAUAUUUUAACUAUGUGUACAAAUUAAUGCAGCUUACAUUUUAUUUAUUGCUCUUCUUUAUAGAAAAUGUUUUUCAAAGUUUUUGGUUUGAAUCUUUUUAUCAAUUUUAUUUGUUAUGUGCACACAACCCUGUGUUAACAAGUAUGGUUUACCCUUCUCCAAAGUAAAUUCAGAGGUGUUUGUACCUGUGUUGAUAUUUUGCCAUUUAGUUUUAAGAUUUAUCUUUUCCUAGCAUUAAGAGCAGAAAAAUAAUUAUUUUCCUUUUAAUUUAUUGAGGAACAACUGUGUUUGAGAGUUUUUAAUGUUGUGAACAAAAUAUAUAUUCAUAUGUGAUGUGAGAUGUAAACCAUUAAACAUGUAGCUCAUUUUAAUACAAUAUUAUUAGUAUGUGUGUGCAUGUUUAUAAUAAUCUGUUUUCCACUCUUCCUUUUCACCCUAAAUCAAUUAUUAGUGUUCUUUUAUGGAUGUGAAUUUGAAAAUCUUAUUAAUAGAUGAAUAAAUUCCUUUUCUCCUUUUUAUUUCCUCUUUCUAAAACCACAGUAGAACUUCAUGAACUUAAGAACAUGUAACUUAUUACCCUACAAUUAAAGACAAAAAAUAGCAUAACUUUUUAUAUUUUAAUUGUGUAUAUUUCAUUUAGUCAUUAUGAGUGAUUCAUUAUUGUGUAAAGGCCUAAUUUUCUGAAAAGUCAUGUAUGUUAAUAUUUGCUGUAAAUUAUAUUACUAAAAGAUAAGAACUACUUGUUAUUUAUAAUGAUUGUUGUUGACAGUGGGGUAACAAAACUUGGUGGUACACUGUCAGUGGCAAUUAACUGUAGGUCAUGUGUCAUAAUGAACUCUGAAUCCUGACUGUGGAAACAAUAGUAGUAAAUGUACAAUGUAGGCACCAAUGUAAAUUACAUUCCCCUUGUGAGCAGCUUUUUCUCAUUUUUUAUGAACAUCUUGAAUGUAAUUGGUGCUCUUUCAACUUCUUAUACUCUGUAGAAGUAUCAUUAAUAUUUUGUUAAUAAUUAAAAUUUUAUGAAAGUUAAAUUAUGUUUGCUUAUUAGCAGGUAUAAUUUGCUGCAUCAUUAUCUGAUUUUAUAUUGUAUAAUACUGUGUAAAAUAUUUUUGUAAUUAUACUGUCGUUAUGUAGCUUUCUGUUAUGAAUUUUUUGUACUCUGUGAUGGAAAUGCUAAAUACAAUUUAUGAGUUACUUGUGCUGUAAUGUUGUUUAAAAUUUCAGUUUUGUCCCCUUUCUUGGCACAUUCUUAAUU